CUAAAGGAAACGUCUCCGCGGCUCAUUCCCCCACUGGUGGAGAAUGUAAAACAAUGCCGCUCAAGCAUGGUUAUUAAGGGGAUCUGCUGUCAUAGAAUCACACAUGAAUAGGAAUGUCGAACGCCCGGCCUAUAAAGAGUUCUGUCCCUGUCAGGCCGGUCUUCCUUCGUUUGCACAGCAACUUCGGCUGAACCUCGUACCAACAAAAUUCCCAGCGCACUGCCACCGCAAUGUAUUCACGCAACCAGGUUCUGGCGGCUCUUGCCACCGUCGGCAUCACAUCGGUGAACGCCGCCAUGGGCCCCGCACUUAGUACCGGUCCUGUUGCGUCCAACUCUUUCAUCCGCGAAGCUACUUCGACCCUUGUCCUGCCAAAGGGACCCAGCGGAGGAUCUACGGACGGCAUCACCUCCCUGUGGGUGGGAAUGGGCACCUCCAACGGUGACUUGAUCCAGUCCAUUGCCGACAAUUGGCAACAGAGUGACUGGACCAUGUAUGCCUACACACUCAUGAAGACCGGUGACACCUCACAGAUGCCAGUAUAUGGUGAUGGCCAGGCAAAUGGAGGUGAGGGGGACAAGGUGACGAUGCACUAUAAAUUCGACGAUGCCAGCGGAAACUACACACAGACAGUCCAGAUCAACGGCAAGACCGUCUCGACGCUCUCCACGAGUGAUGGACAGGCCCAGGGCUGGGGCAGCUCCGUUGAGUGUGCCGAGAACAACUGUGGCACUGUUGGCGCUCACUCCUGGACCGACACCAAGAUCAUUCUUGACGUUGCUGAUGCCAACUAUAUCAACACUCUGGCUAAGGGAGAGGGAGUCACUGGAGGAGACAUGACCACCAGCGAUGGCGGUAAGACCUGGACUAUUAGCACCUUUGGCAUUCCGGAGCACACUUUCUCUGAUUGAAAGCCCACUCGACAAUCUCCUGUAUAGUACUAGUCUCAAAUCCA